UAAAUAUUGAAAUCCGUUGCUUGUCUUCCGCGAGACAAAAACUGUAGUUUGCAUUUCGGAAGAUAUUCAACGGUGAAAUUCGUGUGGUACACAAUUACUGGACGUUCCGUCCCGAAACCGAGACUGAAACAUUAAGUUUGACUGCUCGCACGCUGUCCAAAUAAUAGAGACGAAUAACAAUCUUCAUCAAAAUGUCGAAAGACGAGAAGGAAUGUGUUAUCCCGGACGUUAUAUACGACGUACACUCGGGAAAAAGUUAUAUCAAAUGUCGAUUUUUCGGAAAGGGUGGCUUUGCGAAAUGUUACGAGAUUAGGGAAACAAAGUCGCACCGUGUGUAUGCUGGAAAAAUUGUCCCAAAGGCACAAAUCACAAAGGGUAACCAUAGGGAAAAAAUGACACAAGAGAUCUCGAUUCAUCAAACUUUAAACCAUAAAAAUGUUGUUGGUUUUUAUGGAUUUUUUGACGAUGCCCAUAAUAUAUAUAUAAUUUUAGAACUAUGUCGUAAAAGGUCAAUGAUGGAAUUGCAUAAACGCAGGAAAGCCUUAACAGAAUGCGAGACUCGAUAUUAUAUGAAACAAAUUUUAGAUGGUGUUAAUUAUUUGCACCAAAAUAAAAUAAUUCACAGAGAUCUGAAGUUAGGUAAUUUAUUUUUGAGUGACGAUCUGCAAGUUAAAAUUGGUGAUUUUGGAUUGGCCACUAGGUUGGAGCAUGAAGGAGAACGAAAGAAGACAGUUUGUGGGACUCCAAAUUAUAUAGCACCAGAAAUUUUGACUAAGUCUGGUCAUUCCUACGAAGUUGAUAUAUGGAGCAUCGGAUGUAUUAUGUACACUUUACUUGUAGGAAAACCACCAUUCGAGACAUCCAGUUUAAGAGAAACUUAUGCUAGAAUUAAGCAAGUUCAGUACAAAAUUCCUUCACAUAUCAAUUCCACUGCCAUGGUUAUGAUAACGAAUAUGCUACAAGGAAAUCCAACCAAACGUCCAUCUAUAGGCAAACUAAUGAAAGAUCAAUUCUUUACUAGCGGUUUCAUGCCAAUGAGCCUACCGCUAUCGUGUCUAACGAUGGCGCCCCGCUUAGAUAUGUUAGAAAUGCACAAUCAACGCAAACCAUUAUCUGAAAUGAACAUUAAUAUAGUCGAAGGACAAGACUUUGUAUUUAGAGUUCCAAAUAGUCCUGGACAUAAGACAAAACCGACGGAAACGGUAAACGAAGUUCAAAAAUUAAAUCAUGACAAUAAGAACAUGCUUCGGACUUUAAGGGAGCAGCUGGCUGCAGUAUUGAAAGCUAAUCCAAGUAGAGAGGCAACGUUAUCAGAAGAUGAAAUGACUGAUCCUGCUGCGCAGCCUGUUAUAUGGAUAAGUAAAUGGGUUGACUAUUCGGACAAGUAUGGUUUCGGCUAUCAACUUUCCGAUGACGGCGUUGGUGUUAUGUAUAAUGACGGUACCCGCUUAAUCAUGCUGGCUAACUGUUUUAAUAUUCAUUACAUAAAUCGCGAAGGAAAAGAGCUGUAUUACACUGUUCGUGAAUACCCUCCGGAAUUAGAGAAAAAGAUGAAAUUGAUGAACUUCUUUUUGAAGUACAUGAAAGAACAUCUAAUGAAAGCUGGAAGUUCUGUCGCCGUGAAACCAAGUGAUGCCAUGUCCAGGAUACCGUACAUGCAUCAAUGGUUUAGAACACAGAGUGCUGUAGUUAUGCAACUUACUAAUGGAACUGUGCAAAUAAACUUCCUUGAUCAUUCGAAAAUUAUUAUGUGUCCACUAAUGGCAGCAGUGACUUACAUAGACACAGAAAAGAACUUCAGGACGUAUAGAUUCCAAACGAUACAAGAGAAUGGAUGCUGUGUGGGUUUGGCAAAGAACUUGUCGUACGCUCACGAAAAACUUCUACUGAUGAUAUCGAAUCCUCAAACUCGAUAAAAUUAUUGUUGAGUAUCGAUUGAGUAUAAGCGCUAUCGACACAGUAUCUCGUAGAAGUAUUGAGCUAUCUUUUUUUCUUCUUUUUUUUGUAAUAAAAAUAAUAUCUCUACACACGGCAACUUACGAAUUCAUUUAAGUAAUUAUUUUAUUUCUAUUUUAUUUUGUAGAUUCUUAUAGAAGUUUUUAUUAGAUAUUUUUAUUGUAACAACAAAGCAAAAAAUCAACGAAUCAUGCAUUUAGCAUAAAGAAAUACAUGAAAAAGGAAGGCUCUUUAACGAGCAAUAGAGAAGAAGAACCUGUAUGGUUUCGUUUUUUUUUUUUAUUUUUAGAACAGCUGACGAUUAAAUUGUGGUUGUAAUCUAUUUUGUAGACUCGGACUUUGACAUAAUUUUGUGGAUAAACAGACGUUAAAUCUAAGUGCUUCACUCAUGAUGCGCACAUUACUCCACACAAGUACCUUGAACUCAGUUGUAAAAGAGUGAAAGUUCAUGGUGUCGUUGUGCUCUGACGGAGUAGUGCAAUUUAAACAUUUCUUUAUUUAUACCAGUAUAGAACAAGCGGCCUAAACUUCAUUAAUUUCAUCCGUAAAAAGAAGAAGUAUCUUCAUAGUCUCCUUUGACCAAAGUUUGAGGUCUGCUAAUGUGUAUAAUAUAUGCCAAUCGUGAAAUACUUGAACCUUCUGAAACUAAGAGUAUUUUUAAGUCUUGUAAGAGGUUUGAAAAACUUUGAAGGUCUGAACGAUAGAAACAAUUCGAAAUAGACGAUAUUUAUAAGAAGACCUGGGGUUUAUGCUUUUAAAAGAAUUGAUUUAGGAAAUUAUGAUUAGGGAUCCAAAUAAAUGUACAUACAUAUAAGCAUCCUUUAGUAUUAUACUUGAAUAUUGCAUAAACAUUUAAUGUAUUGAAACGAUUGUAAUAAUAGGAUUAUUUUUGUAAUUAGCCUAUGAUACUGUUUUGAUGAAGAAGUAAACUGUUUUCAUACGUAA